CUAAGCCAGUGUCCCAGUGAGUUGGCGACGGCUGGGGAUGAAUAAGGAGAUGGGUGGAGGAGGGAUGGAGUGACUUAGACGAACUGACUUAGGCAUAGAGGGCUGAAAGCAGCGCGGAUGGAGAAUGCUGGGAAACCCUCAGAUCCCGAGCGUGGUGGCAGUCACAUGAUCUCGACAGAUGACUUGGAGUAUCCACGAGAGUACCGGACGCUGGGGAACAGCGCUCGGCGCUUCUCCAAUGUGGGCCUGGUGCACACAUCCGAGCACCGCCACACCGUCAGCGCCGCCCAGAGCCUGGAGGCCCUGACCAACCUACACAAGGUUGACAUGGAACGCAAGAGGGACGCCUUCAUGGAUCACCUGAAGAGCAAGUACCAGCAGCAGCAGCAGCAGCUGCAGCAUCCGCAUCAUAGCCCACACCACAACCCACCAUCUCCCUCACCAUCUCAUGCCAGCAUGAGGGGUACAUCAGAGCGGUCUGCACGAGAACAGCAACAGCCCAACUACUGGAGCUUUAAGAGCCGCAGUCCACGGCAUUCCCAGUCUACCCAGUCUGGGCUGGCCGACCAGGCCGCGAAGCUCUCCUUUGCCUCUGCUGAAUCCUUGGAGACCAUGUCAGAAGCUGACAUCCCCAUCGGGUUUAAUCGGAUGAACCGAUUUCGCCAGAGCCUGCCGCUGUCCCGCUCUGCCAGCCAGAAUAAGCUACGAUCUCCAGAUGAAUAUUCAGGCGUGCUGUUCCUGCAGUACGGAGAUGAGACACGUCGGGUUCACAUCACCCACGACCUGAGCAGCUUGGAUACGCUGCACGCUCUUAUCGUGCACAUGUUCCCUCAGAAGUUGACAGCAGGUAUGCUGAAGUCACCCAACACGGCCAUCUUGAUCAAAGACGAGGCGCGCAACGUCUUCUACGAGCUGGAGGAUGUCCGGGACAUCCAAGACCGCAGCAUCAUCAAGAUUUUCCGCAAAGAACCCAUCUACGCUUCCUAUCCUGCUGCUGCACACCUGGCUAAUGGAGACCUGAGGAGGGACAUGGUGUACUCGUCUCGCGACUCCUCCCCAACUCGCCGGCUCAACACCCUCCCCUCCUCUACGGCCUCAGCAUCCUCUGGUUCUCCAUCUCGCUCACGCCUGUCCUACAGCGGCGGCCGUCCUCCAUCCUUCACUGGGUCCCACUCCCAGCAUGAACAGCCCCGACAUCCCCACCAUCCCUCAGCCGGCCACGGUGCCAACUUAGGCCUCUCUCCCUCGCCCAGCGCCAUCCUAGAGCGCCGCGAUGUCAAGCCUGAUGAAGAAGUUUCUGCAAAGAAUAUGGCGCUGAUGAAGAGCGAGGGGCUGUAUGCAGAUCCCUACAGCCUUAUGCACGAGGGCCGCCUCAGCAUCGCCUCCACUCAGUCGUUAGCUGCCAUCGGAGACCCCUUUAGCUUCCCUGUUUCCAGUGGCCUGUACCGCCGUGGCUCUGUGCGCUCUCUCAGCACCUACUCAGCCGCCGCUCUUCAAGGGGACCUGGAGGACUCCCUCUACAAGCCUGGAGGUUCGCUCUACGCUGACACAUACUCCUCAGCCACACUGGGCAUGGGUUUUCGCAUGCCGCCCUCAUCCCCGCAGAAAGUCCCUGACAUGCAGCUGAGGGACAGGGACUCGUAUUCUAGCUCACCCAGCAGAGCCUCACCUGUCAGGCAGACCUUCCGCAAGGACUCUGCCUCCUCCUCUGUGUUUGUGGAGAGCCCAAAGUCGAGGCCCAGCUCCAGUUCAGAGCCUCUGUGUCUGACAGCUGGGCCUGGGGAGGGCGGCAGGGCCACGCCUGGCUUUGGUUCUUCAAUGUCUGGACAGGACCCCGACAGCAGCAGGGAUCAUCGCCUGGAGCGUAUGGAGGCAAUGGAGAAGCAGAUAGCCAGCCUUACUGGCCUGGUCCAGAGUGUGCUGACCAGAGCACCAGACAGUGAUAGCACAUGCGGCCUGCUGCGUCUCUGCAUGAUGGCGGGCUGCCCUCCGGACCAAGGGACGGAGUUCUCACGGCCAUUACCUUUCUCUUCCAGCGAGAAGACCGAAACCAACAGUGACGGCUCCGCCACUGGAACAGGACGACUGAAACAGAAAGCUCAUACACCGUCAGCACCUCUAGCUCUGAUGCCGCCGCCACCUUCUAACACAACCCCGGUGAACUUUGCCGGCCGCUUGCAGAUGCAGCUCCACCUGCAUGGCCUGCAGCAAAACGCCACCGACCUGCGCAAACAGCUUGGCCAGCUACGCAAGAUACAGAUGGAGAACCAGGAUUCAGUGCGAACUCUGUUGAAGCGGACAGAAGCGGAGCUAAACUUGCGUGUGGCCGAUGCCUUGAGGAAACAGGAGGAUCCUCUACAGAGACAGCGCCUCCUGGUGGAGGAGGAGAGACUCAAGUACCUCAACGAGGAGGAGCUCAUCAUCCAGCAGCUCCAUGACCUGGAGAAGUCAGUGGAGGAGAUCCAGAAGGACUCGUCUGUCAACCACAAGCUGGUGACAGUGCAAGAGCUGGAAGAGAAGGCCACUGUUCUGAGAAAGCUGGGAGAAACACUCACAGAACUGAAAAAUCAGUUCCCAGGCCUGCAGAGUAAGAUGCGUGUGGUGCUCAGGGUGGAGGUGGAGGCUGUCAAAUUCCUGAAAGAAGAGCCACACAGACUUGAUGCCCUUUUAAAACGCUGCAAGACUAUAACUGACACUCUUGCCACCAUGCGCAAACAAGCAAAUAACGGAGUGUGGAAGAAGCAGGAGGACUUUUCUAUUCCUUCAUCAAAGCACGACGACUUGCGAAAGUUUUCAGACUUUGACCUCACCACUAGCCCACCACUCACCAUCAAUGACCUUGGGGGCGGCAACAGCCUGUCCAACUGGAGCCCCCACUCCAGCCUCAGCCGUGGCCACGGGAACCUGUCUGGCCCCCACAAGGACAAUCAUCCUCCUGUUCCUCACAAAGGCAAAGCCCUGGAGGAGCUGGAACGCCGUGCUUUAGCUGACAAAGCUUUAUCCGUGGAGGUCCGACUGGCAGCAGAGCGGGACUGGGAGGAGAAGCGUGCCAGUCUGACCCAGUACAGUGCCCAGGACAUCAACCGGUUGCUGGAAGAGACCCAGGCUGAGUUAUUAAAAGCUAUUCCAGACCUGGACUUUGCUGCCAAGCAAAUCAAGCCCUCCUCUAACACACCAUCUUCCCAGAUCCCCCAAAGUGGGGUAGGAACCCAAGAGCACCGCGUCAGCAAGCCCCAGCACAAGCUCUCUGGGAAAGAGGGAGGAUCCAGGCGUGGCUCUGAUGAGUUGACAGUGCCGCGGUAUCGCACAGAAAAACCCUCCAAGUCUCCUCCUCCACCACCACCUAGACGCAGUUUCCCGUCUUCUCCAGGCAUAACCAGCCGCAGCGGAGAGCCCCUCAUUCCUGGGAAAAGUAUAAAGAAGUCUGAAUCUGAAGAGACCGAAGGUCAGAAGCCUCAUGUAAAACUGAGGAGGACCUUGUCUGAAAACCCCCGUCCUGCGUCAACACCCCCCACACUCGCCUCUGGGGACAAGGAGGAAGGAGAGGAGGAAAGAAUUGCUGCCGAAUUGGAGGGAAGGCGCUUGUCUCCUGUUCCCCACAUCAUGUUGACAGAGUGUUUGCCAGCUUCGCCGACUGCCUUAGAGGAUCCGGUCAGAGAUUCAGCGAACAACCCUGUAGAAGAGAGUCCAUCCCGAGACUGGACUACUCACCACACCAUCAACCAGACUACAUUUUCAAAAGAAAAGGAUUCAUUUGGAAGCACUUCUCAGCAGGAGAAUCAUUGUUUUAAAGAUGACAUGGAGUUAAAACAGGAAGUUGCUCUGCUGUUGACAGAGCUGGAGGUGAGGGUGGUGUCUCCCGUUGAGGCCAUGGAGCUCUGCACGACUAUCGGAGAAGCUCUGCAGAUCCUGAUUGUCUCACCACAGACUAAUGAAGUCCCUGAGGAUCAGCUGACUGGCCGGCCUCUCCUAGUACUACUCCGAGAGGAAAAAACUGUCAGGGAUGCCUACAGGCUGCUGUAUUCCCUUUUGGAGUCAUCCAAGCCUGUGCCCAAACCCAGAAUAAAAUCUUCCUUCCCCUCGGGCCAGCAGAGCUUUCUGUUAGAGGCUCUGAGAAGAGGGAUAGAGACGGGGGAUCGAGUGCUGACACUUCAGCACAACACUGAAAUUAAGAUUCCUGAGUUACAGCAGAAAUCAAGAAACAUUACUCUUAAGUCCAGUGGUUCAUCUAGCUCUUUGGACAGUCUAUCCAACGAGACCCAAAGAAAAACAAGAGAAGAUAUUCGAUGCAGCACCUACAUGAGGCUGGACAGCUUGGAGGAGACUAUUCGUGAGCUGGAGAACACCUUGAUAGAGAUCAGUGGCCAUCCAACUGCAGGGCAGCUCUACACUGAGACAACCACCAAAAGCACUCCUGUAAAGACGACAGGCAGUCCGACCUCAGAGACCAAGAAGCCACCGGUACCACCCAAGCCGUCAUCUUUCAGCCCAGCAUCGAUCCAGGGAGGGAAUAGUACAAGUGUUGGUAAGGUCCUCCAUUCCUCAGCUGCCUCCAAGCUAAAGCACCUGCAGCAGAACAGCACAGACAAGACUAAAAGUGGCAGAAGAGAGGACUUCCUGAAGAUCCAGGGCCAGCACCAGACCCCAUGGGUGACCUCUCUACUCGGCCCACAGAUGAAGACCUUGGGGACCAACCGCACCAGUGGCAGUAUUGAGCCAUACCUCUCUAGCAUCAAAACAGGAAUUUUCUCAGGCCGAGUGACCUCUCCUGCAGCAGCAUUUGCCCCUGGCCUGAGGAAGAAUCCCCAAGAGGGUUCAAUGCCCAUCCUGAAAGCCUCCUCCAGCCAAGCCAAGGCCCUGCUGGCAAGCCUGUCUGCCUCCGGCCUGAGUGCUGAGGCCCUGCUCCUCUCCUCCACCCUCCGUCAUCGCCGCCUUCUACGUGAGCAGCGAGCCUCCUCCUUGCCCCUGCCCGGCAGCCAGUCCUCCCCUCCUACUCCCAUUGCUACCUCCCCCUCCUCUUCCUCUUCACCCACCACCUCUACUCCUUCCCUGUCUCCCUCCUCUCCAACCAUUUUGUGUUCCCUUACCCUCUCCUCUGCGGUUCCCAAGCCCAGCGGUUGUAGCUCCAGCCUCAACAGUUGCACGGAGGGGGCCAGUGAGUGAUUAAGGGCUUUGCCCCUCACAACUCCCAUUAAUAAAGAUGUGGAGGAUGAGGACAUGGUAGAAUUUAAGCACCAUCACAUCAUGAACCAUGAAGAGAAAACAACUACAAUAAGGACAAUUUCAGCAAUUUUUUUCAUGAACCUUUUGGCUUUUUUUGUCCUCUUGGUUUUCUUCUUUAGUUUUGGUCUCACUCCAGUAUGCAAAGUUUCCUACUCUGAUCUGGUUCCAUAGUUGUUAGUAGAGACAUAAUUUCUAGAAUGUGACUUUUAUCAUAGAAAUAAGAGCUCCAAUUAUUACCAAGUGAGUCUAGUUGUUGUGUGUGUUCAGGAUAAUAUUGCUCUCACUUACCUGCAUCCCCUGGCAGAAUGUGCUCAGCUGAAGAAAAAAAUCUAAAGAAACUCAAGGUGAUGAUUGUGGUUUCAAUUUCUGAUUUGUGUUUCAUUUUUCUUAAAACCUGUGUUUUAAACUCCAAACUGGUGCUAUAUUUUCCCCUCCGUUUGUACACACUGUGAAAAGGUUUACAUGAUUGUCCUCGCUCCCCGUUCUUUGACCUGCCCUUCGUUGCAAGUGUACAUUCCACAUUCUAACUUUGACUUUACGUCACACUGUUUGAAUAUUUAUAUACAUCGCUACAGAAUGAGAUCCUUGCAUCAAAAAUUUGGAACAAUUAUAGGACAUUUUCAACUUACAAUGAAGAUAUAUUUAUAAAGGCACAUUGUAGGGAGCACAUUUCUAUUUAAAAUAGAACCAGGAGGUACAGUUACACAAACAGAGGGAAGGGAUGCAAAUGGUGAAUUUUAUAGACAUUGAAUUAAUAUGUGUAUUUACUAAUUAAUUAUGACAAUCAGGAUGUUUCUGCAGCAUCAUCUUAUAGGUUGAUCUGGCAUAUAAGCACCUAAAAAGACUAAAGCACACACAGUGAUGAAUAACACAAAAUCUGUCACACAUUCUGCACUUGUAAAGCCAAGCUGUUUGCAAAUGCACAGACUCUACUAGUUGUUUUGUUUCAGCAAGUCUUGUGUGAUGAUUCAUUUUCACUGUUGCACCAAUGAUGAAGAAAACCCUAAGAUAUAUGCCUCUUUGACCAGAACAUGAUAUCUGAUCUACAGAGCAACGGAUCCAGUGGUUUCAUUUGGGCCACUUCUUUUAAACUUCACAUUUAUUUUGAUGGGAAGCAGCUUCUAAAGUUGUCAAGCACCUUCUUUAAAAAAGAACAAAAUGUAUCUUUCAAUGCAGUGAAUCGAUCCCACUUCAACAUCUAUUGAACUGUUUCAACUCUUGAGCAGUGUUUAAAAGAUAAGGAAAGUUGAUCAGCACAUAUUUACACACUUCAGAUAUAGAUUGACCCUUAAAGGGCCUAAGAUAUGAAUAUAAAAAAAUAUAAAGGAAGCACAGUUUCCUCUUAAACACCCUUUUUUCAAAUUUUGAUCUUGUGAAUCUGCGUAAAUGUAACAAGCACAAAAUUACAAAUGUUCCUUGAAGGAAGAAGAAAACAUCCCUGCAUAUUUUAAAUACUGUACGUUAGAUUUCCGAUAUUGCUGUUGCCUCAUUUGGUUUUAUCUCCUGCAUGUUGAAACAUUUAUGAAUGUUAGGCCUUUGGUGUUCCUCAAUGACGGUAGUUGAUGUUAUAACUAUUUCAAGCACAUCAAAGGCCUGUCAGUGAUUCCCUAUGUGUGAACCUUGCACAAGGCCCCAUUUUGAAGCUCCCUGUCUUGUGUUCUGCCUUAGGGCUGCCCAUUGGGGAGGUCAUGAGGUUGAACGGAUAGGCAUAGACAAAGUGAGUGAUGUUAUUUUAUUUUUUUUUCAGUGGUUUGCUGAAGGACUUUAUGAAAUGGAUUAUUUGUGGCAUUGAGAUGAAAAUGUGCAAAAGGGGAUUGUGUCAAAGAGUAGGCAGCUUGAGGAGAGGGGAUUAGUUUGGGGACAUGUGUUUAAUAAGGCUGGCAUUGACUUGCCUUGUCUCCAUUGAGAGUGCUUGAUAUAAAAAGACCCAAAGAGAUGCGAGGAAGGGUAAGACAGUCGGAGAGCCAUUAAGCGGCUGUUCUUUCCCUGCCUCUCUCACUUUGUCUUUGGUGUAGGGCGUCUUUGAAGUGAAAAACACUCAGUUGAGGUUAUCCUCGGACAAAGUUUGAUAGGCCUCGAUAUAACAGUAAUUUUGCCAAGGCAUUGCUCUUUGCCUUUGUGAAAUGGUCUGUUUGUCUGCAAAAAGCUGUUACCAUAUUUUCCCCAGUGCCUCCAAGACUUUAUUAGAAAUCCCCAGUUGAUCUUGUAUUACAGUAUUAGAUUAGCACAGCAAUGACAGAGUAACACAUUUACCCAAAGAAAAUGGUGCGGAAAUUGGCUUGUUCCAAUUUUUUCCGCAGAAAA